AGCAACAAACCGUCACUGCGGCUUGCAUGACUUCACGCAUCCCCUAGAAAAUAACACCCACAUCACUUACUAUUGCACCCCUCAAGAAAGUACAAUUCAGACCAAACGUUGAGUUGGAAACCGCAAAGAGCGUCAGAGGAAUCAAAUACUUAACAAGUCGAAGAAAUCUGCAUCACCAAAUAAAACUUCUAGCAAGCACGAGAGUAGUAUUUAGAAGUUGUCACUAGAAGUCCGAAGUGUCGCUUCAUUACGGCACCGUCUGCUUCGCUACAAAGAAUCGAAAAGGAACAAGCUCCGAGUCUUGUUUCUGUCCGCGACAAACGCAAACCGAAAAAUAUACCGUUUUCUGUCGUUCGGAAAAAAGUUCUGCAGAACGCAAAAAAAAAAAACACAAUGGGUUGCGGUGCGAGCACUGUUGCGGGCGCGCAGGUCAUCGAACCCUCGGCAAACCCGGUCUUGUUAAAGCCGGAUCAUAAUGCGGGAGAGACGAAGAAUCAAGGUAAUUUAUUACUACAGUAGGCACUUCAGAUAGAAAACAUAUGUUUUUUCCACGGCCCAAUUUUCUUGAUGAUGUUCUUUUCGUAAUUGUAUUCGUUAUCGUUUUCUUCAAGUACGUUUUCUGCCUUUCUCUCUGCCUUGAUGCACACUCAUUGCCAUUGUCCUUCAGAUCAUACCGCCGAGCAAGAAGUGUCCAAGCCGACUGUGGCCGCACCCGCCGUGCUGGAAAUGAACGCCAUAUGGCACUCUCAAAUGUUACAUGGGUCGCCGUUAUAGGACUUGACUUGUCAUGCAAACAUACUAUCUCUAUCACCCAUAGUACCCUCGCCCUGCUGCGAGACGAGCAAAAAGCUUUCUCCUUUCACGUUUGCUACAACUCUUGCAAAAAAACGAGGGCAGUCAAUGGAACGCUUGAGAACGCCAUACGCUACCAGUGAGCCGACCACGAUCCAGCAGGAGAGCAAUUCGAACAACGAGGAGAGUUAUCCUAGAUGAACUCUGUGUUGUUCACCAUCAUGAUGAUGUUCACCCUCAAUUUCUGAUGCAAGUACAGGUAAAAAAAAAGACAAAAUCAAAAGCUAGAUCAAGUCUAAUAUGCAUUUCACGCAUGACAACCUGAGGGUCGUCCUCGUCGUGAUGGUGAACAAGAAAAUCUGUCAGGAUACGCGUGGCCGCAACACCGAGCAGGAUCAGGACUCCAACGAGCGGUCCCUGUCGUUGGGCAUCAACCAGGUGCAGCAGGCGUUAGAAGUAGUACAGGCUCCGGAGCAAGCCGUGACGUCUGCCGUCGAGGCCGCGGUGGCGGUGGCUGAGGCGUGUGUGGUAUCAACUGUAAAAAUGUCUGGGUCUGGAAGAAUUCAUGUUUGUCAUGCUUGUCUUGCAUGACUCUUAAAUCUGUCAUGCACGUUACCCAAGAGCUGCGUUUUUCUGUGAUGCAGAAGCGCAGUUUGUCAUGCAGAAUAGGCAACACCUAGGAGCUCAGAAACUUGCCAUGCUGAGCCAGCAUUUGUAGCCUCAUCAUGAGACGCUACCCAGCAUCACAAGUUCCAAGACCCAGACAUUUUUGCAUUUGAUAUGUGGAGGAGGAGACCCUGGUUGCAGCGGCCCUGGAAGCGGAGGCGGUGGUCGAGGAGAAGGUGGAGGAGGCAGUCGUGGUCGAGGAGGAGGAGCCGAAGAAAGUGGAAUCUGCGCAGGAAGACAUCAUCCAUGAACAGGCGGCCGAGGAGGUGGCGCAAGAAGAAAAGCCGGUGGUGGUCGAAGAGAUGAUGAAUGCAACACCGGUCGCUGUCGAGGAGGAGGAGUCGAAACCUAUGCAUUGCAAAUUUAUGGCUGGGUCACUUGCGAUGGUAAUUCUGGAGCAGAUAAAGAAUCUGUGUUGCAUAGCCAGCCUAAGAAUCUGCUAUUUUUGUCUACCGGAGCAGGCGAGGGCAUCGCAUUUUUCAUGUUGGUCAGGUAUAAUUGAGAAGUCUCCGUACUAGAACUUGGUAUGCUCUUUGUGCAAUGUGGAUAAAAAAUUCAAGCAGAUUCGGGAACUGCAUGACACGCUCAAACUUCUGCAGUCUUCCAGAGAGACCGAGAUGAGAUAUUUGCAAGGCAUAAUUCCGGUCGUGGUGGAGCAAGAGGCGGAGGCUGCUGUGGUCGAGUCAUCUGAAGAGCCGGUGGCCGAGUCAUCUGAAGAGCCAGUCCUGGUCGAGGCCUCCGAGGAACCAGUGGUCGAAUCAAAGGAACCGGUGGUCGAAUCCGACCCGGUGGUCGAGUCCGCCGAACCAGUUAUCCUCGAGUCCUCCGAAGAACCGGCCGCGGAGGGUGAAACCGAGGUCGUGCCCGCACUACCGCAAGAAAAAGCUGCUUGUGCUUCGCUGUGAACUUGCAAUCAUGCACAGAAUGAUCCCACAGCACACAAGUAUACUUGUCUUGCUCCUGGAAAGGCAAGACCUUGGAUCAUGUGUAACUGUGUUUUCUACCCUUGCUGGGAAGCGCGCAAGGCUG